AUGAGUUUAGGAUGUACGUUGACCUCUAAGAGUAUUAAGUUAGGAGCUUUGAGAGUGACUAAUAGCUUGAUAGAUGAGAUUAGAGAAGGUCAGAAGAUAGAUCCUUUCUUAUUGAGUCAAGUAGAAAAGUUGAAUCAAGGUGUAGAGAGUGAGUUUAGAUUUGGAGUGGAUGGAAUGUUGAGAUUUAAGGAUAGGUUGUGCAUUCCUAGUGUGCCAGAACUUAAGAGAGCAAUCCUGGAAGAAGGUCAUAGGAGUAGCCUUAGUAUCCAUCCAGGAGCCACUAAGAUCAUCUCUAUGGAUUUUGUAGUUGGGUUACCUAAGACUGUGAAGAACUUGGAUGCUAUAUGGGUCAUUGUGGAUAGAUUGACCAAGUCUGCUCAUUUUAUUCCCAUUAAUAUUAGGUACCCUUUGGAGAGGUUAACCAAGUUGUACAUCAGUGAGAUCGUGAGGUUGCAUCGAGUUCCUACUAGUAUAGUGUCUGAUAGAGAUCCUAGGUUCACGUCUAGAUUUUGA